AUGCUUGGCCACAAUCCUAGACUGCAAACAUCUGGUGCAAGGGCUGCGAAGCCCUGGCAACAACAGCAACAACAAGUGCCACCAUCGGCGGCGGAUCCUUACCACUACUACCACCAGCACCAGCCAAGACCACCAGUUCCUCCACAACCGCAAGGAAGCACUACAUGGUACUCCAAUCAUUUCCAAUACCAACCACCACAGCCACCGCCACCACCAUCACACUCUCCAUCUGCUCCACCUCCCCAGCAGUGGCCUGUACCUCCUCCUCCCUCUUCUUCAUAUCCUUAUCCUACGCACCUUCCCCCUCAAAGCCACAACUUCCCUCCUCCUCGCCCCCACGUGCCUCCACCAACACAACCUUACUCUCAGGAAUGGGGGAAUCCUAAUUGGGGACAGCACCAAGCUUGGGAAUAUCCAGCAGCUCAUAACCAUGUGGAGGAUUGGGCUGCUAAGGCCAGAGCAUGGGCAGCUGCGAAAAAAGGGUCACCUGACGACCAGCAUCCUCAUGCUCAGUUUACACCAGUUGGCAGAUCAGAAGAAAAAAGUUGGUAUUAUGACCAGUAUCCGCAAACUGUCGAUACUCAUUAUCAAGGUCUUCAGCAGCAUCCAUUUCCUGCAACGGGCUAUCAACAGUUUCCAGUUUCAGGCACUCCUUUGCAGCAGUCACCGGUAGCUUAUCCACAGGAGAAUGCAUCUUUCAACAGGGGACAAUCUUCAUAUGUUUCUGAUAGGCCCCUACCCAACGCUGGUGGGGCUGCAUCUUCAAUUGCAAGUCCGUCUGUUUAUCAGCAGGAGGUACCUUCUAGUUAUUCUUCUGUUACAGGUAAAGAAGAGACUGAAGAUCCAAAGGAGCAGCUUUACAAAUCAUUGCCUUUGGCCAUUUCCUCUGCUCAAGAAGGACAGCAUCGUAUCCCACCAUCACUGCCUGCUGCUGGUAGAUCAGUUUUGACUGAGCAACCUUUUGCAUACAGCAAUCAGGCAGCUAAUCCCACAGCCGACCUCAGUAAUCAGCCUUUGGAAUUUGCACCUGGUUUCAACUCUGAUCAUGAUCCUCAUGAACUGUGA